AUGGCACUGGAUCCAAAAGAUUUGGCUGAAAAACAACAAAAAUUCUUAGCCAAAGCUCAUCUGCCUUCCAGCCCUUCAACUGUAGUAAAAAAGGCUAUAGUACCGGAAACUUGUCGAUCUCAGGCUGAAGAUAUUAUGGCAGGUUUAUUAAGUGGAAAAGAAGAAAAGGUUGGAUGGAGAUGGAAAGAUGAUCCGAUGAAACAGACUCCUCUCAAGGGUGAAUGGGUUGAAUCAAAAACAAGAAAAAAGAUAACUGAUGCGGAUCGUGUAAUUCUAUAUGUUCAUGGAGGUGCUUAUAUUUUAGGAAGUCCCGCUCAGCAUCGUUUUUUAAUACAAAAAGUUGCUAAAGAAGUUGAUACAUUGGCUGCCUAUCUUUAUUUAAUACAACCACCAUCAGACUCUGGGCUCGAACCAAUAAACCCUAAAAAUAUAGUAAUAAUGGGUGAUUCGGCUGGUGGAGGUCUUGCCUUGGCUGCAAUGUUGGUCCUUCGAGAUGCCGGCCUUCCACAACCG